GGCGUUUAGACAAACACCAAACGACAGCCCAUACGGCAAACUACACAGUAAAUGUCUACGGGCCACUAAGAGUACCACGAAAAUAUAAAAUUCUUCAUGGAGGCCUGCAUGGAAGAACCCAUGGAGGAAGAGAGAAGCGUAGAGCAUUUCGAUAUAGGUACUUUUGUCCUUAACCACAGAAAACUGUGUCAGCUGGUGAUACCAUUGAUAAAGUGGUACGAAAGUUUACAAUUUGUGAUCAGGUAAGUGCGAUGUAUAUAACAUCGAAGACUUUAUUGCAUUCGACUCUUGCACACCGCAUACGUGUGCUCUGUGUGCUUUUGCAUGAUGUACCGCCUUACUUAAAUAUGCGUACACCCGAUGGAACUUACAAUGGUGCUUAUUAUCACGUGCUAUGUUACAUCCCCUUCUCUUAAAUUAUGUUAAUUGAACCGGAAACAAACGAAAACAAAAAAAAAAAACAUAUGUUCGAGCCAGUGUAUAAGGUAUAAGUAUCUUGUAUACAUUUACAAGAUACUAAUCAUACAACUAUGACUAUAUAAUAUAAAAAUCAUACUACUAGUGCGAGAGUCAGAGGUUAAGUCUUUCCGGUGCUCGAAUUUCACGUCCCGAGUGAGAUUUUCCUGGACCCUUCUUGGAUCCAGUUUCUGUUAAGGUGGAACAUUGUGGAUUGGCACUUGAGGAUUUUUCCUUUCCUUGAGAAAUGCAACUCAACAAAUUGUUUACUAGGUUUUUGGAAGCAUUGUUUGGUCUAAGAUGGAUCCUAUUUCUUUGUAGCUGAGCACCAGUUUCAGUUUCUAUAAUAUAUGAGCGGGGCAUAUCUCCCUGACCUACGACUCUAGCAGGAUUCCAUAUCUUUCUCAUGGGAUCUUGUGCAUACAUGGCUUGGUUCCCGUGUAGUUCAGGGAGUUCCUUAGUGUGCUUGUUGUAAUAGUAGCACUGGUUAACUUGUCUCACUUUGAGCUGAUUUCUAACUUCUUCUUGGUUCUUUGAUGGCUGAAUCUUACCAGGAAGUGUGGAUUUAAACAUUCAGCAAUUCAGAUGGUGAUGGUAUAUUGGAGCUGAGGGGUGUUGUUUGUAGAGCCAACAGAGCUAAAUCUAUGUCUUCUUUAGUCUCUCUGCAUUUCAGGAUCAUCUUCUUAACCAUCUGGACUUGGUGUUCAAUGAACCCAUGGCCACGCGGGUAGUGGGGGGAUGAUGUCACAAUUUCAAAACCAUAUUGGCUUGCCAGUUGUUGGAACACGCCGCAUGUAAAUUGAGUACUGUUGUCACAUUGAAGAGAUUUUGGGAUUCCAUUUUCUGUGAAUAGCAUUUUUCUCUCAUUAGCUCUAAUGGGAACUUGAGUAGCAGUUGACAACUAUGAGGAACCAUGACUGUUGUUCAUAGAACAGAUCUGCGUUCACUGUUUUCCAUUGUCUUGAAGGGAUCUCUGAUGGCAUCGUGGGCUCCUUUUGUUGGGAAUUGUGAUAUUUCUGGCAAGUGCUACAUGAGUUCAUGAGAUUUUCUAUUUCUUUGUAUAUGCCUGGCCAGUUAACACAGGAUUUGGCUCGUAGCUUGUUUUUUUCUAUACCAAAGUGCCCUCUGUGGAUUUGCUCUCAAGGACUCAGGUUCUAAAACACGGCUUCCAAGAAGUAUCAGCCCAUCUUCUACUGAAAUGUCAUCUCAUAGGGGGCCAGUAUGGUUUUAGUGCAGGUCAAUUUUCCUCUUUCUAUUGGGCCAACCUUGUAUAUCCUGAUGAGAUAGAAGCUGUAAGGUUUCAUCUUUUGCAGUUUCUUCUUUGAACUCUUCCAUUUUAGCUGGGGUGAUUCUAAUUAGGUGGUGAAUUUUCACAUUCAUAUCUGGUACUUCAAAUUCAUCUAAUGGUGAAAGGUGUGACAGGGUGUCAGCUGUGACCAUUUCUCUUCCUAGAAGAUAUUUAACAAUGCAGUCAUAGGGUUGUAGAUGUAACAUCAUUCUUUGAAGAUGUGGAGGUGCUUGCAUCAGAUUCUUUUUGUGAAUCUGUUCUAUCUGUUCUGUUCUAUGGCUCUGACCUUGUCUGGGCUGGGCUUAACACUGUCUGGUGUGUAAAGCAUACCAAAGACUUCUUGUCAUUGAGCCUGAUGCCAGCUUUUCUGGUAUGUUCUAUGGUGUCAUGUUUGUGUAUAUCGUGCUCUUUGUCAUUUUUUCUGUAAAUUGUAAUGUCAUCUGCAAUGCCAAUGGCUCCCUGGCAAUCACGAUAUUUCUCAUUGAUCUUGAAUUAAACGAUAUCUUGGCUCAUUUGUAAGCCAAACAGCAUCCUAAGGAAACGGUAUUGACCAAAUGGUGUAUUAAAAGUUGUUAGGUAUGAAGAUUCUUCUACUAAUUUGACAUUCCAAUAGCCAUUGUGAGCAUCAGGCUUGCUUAAGAGCUUUGCUCCUGCUAAUUUGGGUGUUAUUUCCUCUAAACUGGGUAUAGGAUGAUGCUCUCUUUUGAUCACCUUAUUCAGGUCCUUAGGAUCAAGACAUAAACGAAGUCACCCAUUUUCUUUUUCUCUAAUAACCAAGGAGUUUACCCAAUCUGUGGGUUAUGUUACUUUUGCAAUGAUAUUUUGGCUUUCCAUCUCACUUAGUUUGACUUGUAGUUUGUCUUUCAACUCUAUGGGUACCUUGUGGGGUGCGUGGACCACUGAUGAUACUUAGGGAUCUAGUGUGAUGUCAUACAUAUAGUCGUCAAAGCAUCCAACAAUGCCAUCAGUUCUUGUUUAUUUCUGAUUGGUGGCCGUUCUUUCAGUGGUGCAUGGCUUCCAAUGUAAUUUGGGCUUUUCUUGCUAGUAUCUCAAUUUUGAGCUGAAACAUUGAAGCUGUUAGUUGGAUAGGCCUGGUCUAGUUGAUUUGCUCUGAGUAUACAGUGUAGGGAGACUAGUUUCAGUGCAGUGCAUGCUUUUAGAACGAGAAUAGCUAGCCCUGAAGGGUCUGUAACAUAGAAAAUGCAGUUGAUCCUCUUCUCUUUGUACUUGCAAGGGAUAUUUAUGGUGCCAAGCUGCUUGAUUAUAGAGCUGCCUUAUGCUGAAAGGACAGCUUCAUUCUUUUUCAGUGUUUCUGGUUUGGGAUUUCCUUUGUUGUUAAACUUCUCUGAGGGGAUUAUGCAAAGUAGUCUGAUAGGCAAAACAUUGCUGUGUGUACCUGUGUCUACCUUGCUCUGGGGAUUAAUUUUCUGCUUCUUGUCUGGCUGAGUUAUCUCAAGUGUUGCAAAGGCUUCAUCACAUGUAUUGUGUAUCGAGUGUUGUGUGUCUUCCAUGGCAUUGACCUCGAUGGUACUGAUUGUCAGGAUUUCAUCAUCAUCAUUGUUGCCCUGUCCUUGAUGUGUGAAUCACUUCCUUGAAGACUGGCUUUGUUCUUUGUUUGAAUUGUUUCUAUUUGCUAGUCCAGCAGACAGAUUGCCAAUGAUUAGCUUUGCCACAUUUUUCAACAUGAUGUACUGUAAGCUGGACAUUUGUUCCUUGGGUGUUGUUUUCUGCAGUUGUUACAGAAUUCCCUUUCUUUUCCUGUAUGAAUGGCAUCAAUAUUCCUGUCCUCUUGAUAGCUUUUACUACUUCCUGCUAGUUUUUUCAUGUGUUUACUUGUCGCCUUGUAGCUCCUUGCAAUCUCAAUAGCGGCUGCACAGGUCAGUGAUUAAUCUUGGCUUAUAAGUGAUUUUUGAAUAUCAGGAUUUCUUGACCCCCAAAUAAGGUGAUCCAAAACUCUAUCUUUGACUGCAGCAUUAUCGCGAAAUUGACAUUUUGCUGUUAGAAUUUUUAGUUUUGAAAUAAAAUCGUCCACUGGCUCGCCUUGUUCUUGUCAUAUUCUUUGUAUUAUACAUCUGUGAAUUUGAUGACUUGUCUUUGGUUCCAGUUGAUUCUUGAACUAUUUGAAGAUAAUGGCAGGCUUUUUUCUGUCCUCCUUCUUUGUGAAUGUCCAGCUGUUGUAUAUAUCCAGGUCUUCUUCUCCCAACCAGAGUAGAAUAUAGCUUACUUUUUCUUUGUCGCCUGUGUCUUUGAGAAUGCUCGAAAAUAUAGGCUGACAUUUUUGUUUGAACCUUGAGAAUGCAGUUAUUGGAUCAGGAGUGUCCCAGUCAAUCUGUGGCAUAGCAAGAGAUGUUGCUGCUGUCAUGAUUUGCUUUUGUUGGCCUCUCUAGUUCUUGAUUUAACUUUAGAAAUUAUCCUUGUAAACUGCUGCUACCAUGCGAUGUAUAUAACAUUGAAGACUUUCUUGCAUUCGACUCUUGCACACCACGUGUGUGUGUUCUGUGUGCUUUUGCAUAAUGUGCUGACUUACUUGAAUAUGCAUAUACACAAUAUAACUUACAAUAGGUGAUAAUUAUCAUGUGCUAAUAUGUUACAUUGGGUAACUGUCAUGACCACAGAAAUGAUAUCAAUGCCUGUUUUCCAUGUUCCCAAACUUAAUUGAGAAUAUUCCCCAAGAUUCAUUUUUCCAUCUAUCGCUGUACCCAAAAAUUAUGUUUGUUACUGUGAUUCUCAAAACUAUCAUUUUCUAAAGCUCUCUGUAUUUCUACUGUUAGUAAUAAUAUACAUGAAAAAAUAAUGCAAGUCUGAUUGCUUGUAAACAAGUGCAUUUUCAUGUAAUAAUGUACAUGAAAAAAUUAUGUGUGUCUGGAUGGCUGAAAACAGGUGCAAAUAAAGUUGUGAAGGGGUAAGUUUCUAAAGAAACUGUGGUGGUGCAUCAGUGGGAGAGUAUAACAGGGUAAUUUAGUUUUAUCAACUGAGUUGAUAACAUAAAUUGGCCACCAUAAAGGGUUGAAAAGGAGACCUUCGAGCAUUAGUGUUUGUUCUGACAUUAAGGGCUAACGCUCAAAACACAUCCAAACCAGUCGCUAGACACUUUAAUCUCCCUAGUAAUUGUUCAAAGCAGCAUAUGGCAGUUUGUGGCCUUUCCAUAUAUUUAGGUAGCUAGGAAAGCUGCAAAACUCUAGAACAGAAAUUUAUCUUUGAUAUCGGCACUAAAGAGUGCUUUCCAUUUAACUGAUUUAUCAUUUUUUUCUUGUCACCAUGUUCCCACCAAUAGUGUAGCUCCAUUUUCUGCAUAUCAACACACACACAACCCACAAUUCCUCCAUUUCCUCUGAAAAGGGGCUAACACUAGAAAUGUCAGCUUUGAAACUCUUUAGGGUAGCCAAUUUAUGUGAUCAACUCAUGUUGUUACCUAGAUACUAAUAAUACACAGGAAAAAAGUACUUGAUUCUGAUUGGCUCAAAAGGAAAGCAUUUUUUAUGUAACAUGUCAGAGCAAAGUUGUAACAUAUAAGUGCAAAUUACAAAUAGCAUGCCUAAAUUGUCAAAAUUUUGUCAGCCUUGAUGUUUUGUAAUGGUUUUUUCAUGUUAAUUAUUAAUAAGUAACAAUGUAAUGUUGAGUGCAAUUUGGUGUUAGUAGGCACUUGUAAAUUUUUCAGACUACAAAUUGCUUUCAAUUGGCUCUAUGGGAUUUACUCAUGCUUAUUAAGACUAAAUUGCAAUUAAAAUUAUGUUAUUACUUAAUACACUACAUAUAAACUCAAAUCAGACAAUGUCUUGUUAUAACUCCCACAAAAAAUAUCACCUGCAUAGCUCUUAUAAUAGAAGAAUGUAGAAUGAUUACUUGCUCAAUAAGUGAUAUUGUUUAGGUGAGGGCUGACCUUAAAACACCACAAGAAGAGUUGUGGGUGAUAUUAACAAUAUAAAGUUUAACAGCCUGAGUGCAAUCCUCUUCACCCUCCUUUUCUCUUUUCUCUUUUGAUGUAGUGAAUCAGUCACUUAAGGAUCUGGGUUUUCACAGCUGAGUUAUGUUAGGUUGUACUGGAUGGGUUUCAGAUAGACAAGAUGAUUCUUCAUCUCCUGAGUGGAUUUAGCCUUAAUCCCUUCUGUAUUUUAUAAGAAACGUACUGCUUGUAGGACUUACUGGCCAAAGGAAUUCCAAAGAUGUGAGUUUUUUCAGCAUGUGGUCAUGCUUGUAGCUUCAUAUGGCUAAAGUGGCACUAAUGUUUAAUGCCUUUAAAAAUGGAGUCAAUGCCAUUCUCUGAAUUGGUAACUCCUCAAUUAGUUUAAAACUAAUUUUUUAAAGAUUAUUGCUUAUCAAUGACAUUAUUAUUACACUUUCAUGUAUAAUUCUCCAUGAGCUCUAUUACUGUCCAACUUCUAUAAAUAGCAUCUUCUCAACUCAUGAUCUCUUGAUGGAAAAUUAUUUCAGGGAAUUUGAUUGGUAACUGGUUGAUAAAGGGUGACCUCUUAAAAUAUGAUGGUUUAAUUGAGGUUGAACUGAUCUUAAUAACAGAAAUAAUAACAAUAUUUGUAUAGGUAGGGCAAGUGCAACUUGUAGUCUUUGAAAAAUUUACAACUGCCUAUUAACACCAAAUGGUAUUCCAAAUCAUGUUUAACUUAUUACUUGUUAAUAAUAUGCAUGAAAAUACAUCACAGAAAGUCAAGACAGAUGAAAUUUUGAGAGGGUGUUUAUGCUAUUUGUAAUUUGCACUCAUGUUACAACUUUGCACCCUUGUUACAACUUUGCACUUGUGUUACAGCUUUGCACUUGUGUUACAUGGGAAUGCACACAUUGUCAGCCAAUCAGAAGUGUGCAAUUUUGUAAUGUACAUUUUUACACAAGAUAACCUCACCAGUGUAAUGACACUAGUAUCAAAAAGGGUCCUGUAAGUUAGUUAUACAAUGUUUACAUUUCAACAGGUAUAAUUAUAUGGUAUUACAGAGUAAAAUACCAUAUAAAAUCAUUAAUAAUAUCAUUAUUUAUACCAUAUAAAAAUUUAUUGAUAUUUUUUAGGUGGCAGUCUUGGCGAAUUACUUUUGUCAUCAUGUUGGUUACAAUUUACUUGUCUAUCAGUUAUCCAGGUAAACUUAGUUAAAAUGUAAAUGAAUUAACCAUUUAAGUCUGUCUAGAUAUUUUAACCCUUUAACUCCCAGAUCAAAUUUUUAGUUCUCCUUACUGUAAAUCAUACAGUUCUUCUAAUUUUAGUUCAGAGAAUUUAGUAGCAGAUCAACCAAUUAUCCCCAAAUUGAUAUUUUUCUUUAUUCUCAUCACUUAUCUGGUUUAUAUUGCAUUGAUAUUGUAAGGAGAAAUUCUGUCUUGGUCACUCAUGGAGUUAAAGGGUUGACUCAACCCUUUAACUCCAUGAGUGGAGAAUUAACAGUGGUCAGCUCCUGCUGAUAGAUAGACAUGUGAUAGUACUCAGUGAUUUAACUUCAUUUAGUAUUAAAUUGCACAUUUCUAUAGUGAAGUUGUCUAUAUAUUGCAUUAAAUUUUGAUAUCUUCAUUUUUUCAUUCAGCUGUGCUAAGUGCACAAAAGCUGAGUCACUUUUCUCAUAGAGGGAGAGGAAUGUUAGAUUAUUUAUAGAGCUAUUUUAUUCAUCAGAUUUUUGCCUUUUAUGGGGCAGACCUGUAUAGAUAAUUGUUCAAAGAAAGUUCUCUGAAUGAUUAAUUACACUUAAGAGCUUAUGUCAGCAUGCAUCAGACAAAUGGUGGCAAGUCACCCAAAAUUUCCUUUCACUCCUACUUUCAUAUUUUGUAGCCCAAUAUGUUCUAAUAAUUGUGGUGUAAUUUUUUUGUGAAAAUACAUUUUAGUUUUCGUAUUUAGUGUUCAUAUUUGAGCAGUCAAACAAAAAGAGUCAUUUCUCGAAAACUAAAAUAUAUUUUCACAAAAAAAACUACACCACAACUAUUGGAACAUAUUGGGCUACAAAAUAUUGAAGUAGAAGUGAAAAUGAAUUUUGGCUGACUUGCCACAAUAUUUCAAAUUUGUUCGAUGGAUGCUGACAUCCUCUCUUCAUGUAGAAUCGAUUCACCAUCAGAUCACCUCAGUCCUUACAAGUAUUCUCCUAUCAAUUAGCUUCUGUAAAAUUUCUUGUCUUUUCUGAUCUUUACAUGUUAAGUCUGUUGGUACUAUCUAGGGAAUCUUUUUUUCACUUUGACAGUGACUUAUGAGAAUUCAUGUGAAUCAUAGUCAGCUUAAUAAGAGGGGCUGUGACAAUCAUAUGACCAUUAAGAAAAUAUAAUUUCUGCAGAUAAAUGGGGAUGGUUUUUAGGUACAGUACACUGAAGACAGAAAUAUACAGUAGAGUUACUCUAAUAGAUGUAAAGGUAUCUUGCAGGAUGAGAACAAGACAAAAAAAAUGCUAAAAUGGAAAAGUUAAAUUUAAUCCAGGAUGUGCGAUGGCAUUUAAGACCCUAAUUAACUGUUUUCCUUAGAUGGGCAUGUGCACCCUGAACUUGCAAUCCUUUGGAGAAGGACAUUUUGUAACUCAUGCAUAGAUUACACCCAUGUAAUGCUAUACAUAUAGAGGUUUCAGUAACUUUUUCCAUAAGCAACUAAUGAUGGUGCAAUAGCUGGACAGCUGUGCCCCAAAGUGAAGCCAAACAUGAGAGACUGUGCACAGGCUCAACUGACAGCUGGCAGUGAGAAGACCUAUAGGUGGUGGUAGACUGCUGGUGACUGGCUUUUAUUGAAACCCCUGUACAUAUAAAUGUCUCAAAAAAAGUCAGCACCCCCUGAGUGUCUCAAAGGAGAAAUUACACUCUUGUUCAUUUAAGUUGUCUGAGUAAACAACUACAUGACAAUUCUUACGUUUAUAGUCACACAGUAUUUUGCUUGCAGCGUAUGUUGUCCAUAUACCACUGGUGUAUGUGUCAGUUAUAUUUGGCUUAUCUGGGAUAAGAAGGCUGGGAAGAAAAACUUCAAAAGUCAGUAAUCUCUUGCAAAGAAAAAAAGUUUGCAGGAAAGAUGAUGAUGAUUUGAAUUUAGUAAGUACAUGAACAAAUUUAAUGCUAGAUAUACAAAUCCCCUCUAUUUGUACAAUAUAGAAAAGGGAACAUUUCAGUUGCUGUCACAUUAACCCAUUAAUCUCUGCAUUGGCACCUUUUGGUAACUUCUCAGAAGAGGUAAAGAUCAGUUCAGUGAAGUAAAGGGGUAAUAUCAUAUAUGCUAUACUCUGUGGCUGCUUUAGUAACCAUGAAGGCCCUGCUGGAAUCCUGAAAUAGAGCAGUGGAUUGUGCUCUGAUGGAGUAAAAGUGGAGUGAAAGACCUGUGGUUCUGUCUUUUACUUGCAUCAUUUUGCUUUUGGGUGGAUUUCCUCUGUUCAUGAUAGAUGGAUUAUUAAGUGAUGGAUCAUCUCCUUGAGGAAGACAGUUCAAAUGUACAUCUGCAAGUGGUAGUGAAUGUGGUGGUAUUGAUAAUGAUUCUAUGAAAUUGGCUCUGUAACAUUUCUUUAUUCUAUGCUGUAUUAUAUGUUAAAGGAACAUGAGUCAUACUGUUGGAAAUACCUAAAUUUAUGCUAUAAUAAUAUCUUUCAGGUACAUUUUUACAGUCAGCACAAAAUGUAGACUGAGAGCAAUAAAGAAUGAAUUCUAAGCCUGAUAACAUUUUAACUUUAUUAAUAACCAUUAAUUGAGGUUGAUCAAGACCAAAAAAGCCGACUCCAGACUCCAUUUUUUAUAUAGACAGUAUUUUGCACUGACAGCUUUUGAUCUCUCAGCAUACUUAAACUACUCACAGGACAGACUACAACUCUUGGUUUCAUAGGUCUUGGUUUGCAGUCAUGUGUUUUGGAAUUUCAAUUAAUCACUUUGCUUACAUGUGGCUAACUGUGCCCUGUCCCCUCAAAAAUUAAUGCGGAAAAGGCAAUCAAAUGUAAUGUUAUUUGAAGACCUGUUGGGCCCUCUGAUUUCUUAUCAGAGAUAAUAACUUAUUUCAUUUGUUUUCUUAGGAUGUUAAACUGGCAGCCAUUAAGGAAGCACAUGAUCAUCUAAAAGAGUACAUUAAGAUGUAUGUAUGCUGAGUUAACAUUGUGUAUUACAUUUGCUUUGUGUAUUUAAUAAAGACAUAUCUUCAGAAAUUAAUUUCAUUGCAAAAUUUAAGAAUAAGUUGACCCACUGUUAGCAGAUUUGUUAGUUGAAGCGGGUCAAUCAACUGCCCAAGAUCCAUUUAAUUAUUGCAUUACUUGUAGAUGAAGAAACAAAAGUAACUAAAUAACAGAAGUUAAGGAAAUUAAAGGAAAUAAUUAAAUAAAUAAAUGAAUAGAAAACUUUUUUACUUAAGAGUGGUGGGAAACAUACAGUUUGAUCAAUUUGAUUUAGUUUUAUAGUCUUUGAGUUUUAGAAUAAUAUUUUCAACAUUGAGUGUAGGAAUCUCAAUUUUCCAGAAUAUCAAAUAUACUAGUACAAAAAUUUCUCAUGUUUUAAGUCUUUUACAGACACUUUUUUUUCUUGGGAGAAUGCCUAGUUCUUAUCACAUUAUGAAAUAGAGUUGACCCACUAGUUUUUUUUAAAAAUGUUUUUCCAGCUCUGUGCAAAUACAGAUGGUAGAGGAAACCUUGUGUGAAUGCCUCGAACAGUUUUACAGGUAACAAUUGUGACAGCUGUACAUUCUUGUAAAUCCAACUGAGAUACAUCAUUUUUUAUUGUGCCGAAACAGUCAAACUUCCAAUGGAGAGUACAGCCUGCCAGUAACUGUGUUAUUUCCAAAAUGCUGCUCUGGAAAUGAUAAGUGGGAACCUUUUCAGCUGACUGAAAUCAUCUCUCUUUUAUGAAUUUGUAUUGUUUAACACCAGCACUAUCUGAGUGGGAAGUUUUCUCACCACUGUACAAUGACUAUUACCGGUAUGUUCUUCAAUUAGUACAUGAACCUUGGUUCUCCUCCAGUCAGGCACUACACUAUCCCAACUUUUAAUUUACCAUAGAAUUGUGAAAGUACAUGUACAUUUAGUUAUGAGAUCAGUAUAAGAUUUAUAAGUGAGGAUGAUUUGGGAAAAGGUGUCAGGUGUAAAUCAAAAUAAAGACUUCCCUGUCAGUACCCUCAGAGACUUGAAAAUAUGGUUUGCUGCUUACAGGUAAACCUAGUAGGAAUGACAUCCAAAAGACCUUUAACAAAAAUCCAACUGCUAUAUUUGUUUGCCAGUAUCAGAGAUACUCUGUUUGUUGCAUCUUUUCCACUGACUCUUUUGAUAUUCGUUUCAUCUUUUAUUUAUUCAUUUAUUUAAAUUCUUAUUUUGCUUUUGAAUUGUUAUAAACAGCAUUGCCAGAUGGGAAGAUCCCUCUGUUUCAAAGAGGUAUGUUGUCGUUUUCUUUCUUUCUUUCUUUCUUUCUUUCUUUCUUUCUUUCUUUUUCAGAGAUAAAGAAUUAAUUAAUUAAAUAAUUAUCUUACAUGUAAGUACAUAACAAAGAUAAAGAACUUGAACCAUACAACGAGUACAGUGAAAAAACUUCAAGUCAAAUGAUACUGCAUAGGAUAGGAAUAAGAAAUGUUUGUGUGUUGAAGCAUUAUUCUACUAUAAUCACAUUUUCAACACAUACUUUCCUAAGAUAUUUAUAUUGAAACCUUAGUUGUAGAAAUUCUUGUUUGCUCCAAUCUUCACUGUAGGUAUUGUGAAUUUUGGAUGUACUCUAUACUGUCUGUCUGAACAGUCCAGUUAAUUAUUAUCUUAGUGGUGUUUGUGUCUAAUAAUACAGGCCCUUCAACCCUUAAAAUCUGACUCAAGUUUUGAACUUGCUUAAGUCAGUGCUGGUGAAUUUCCCCUCCUGUUUCGUGUAUCUUACUUCAAAUCAAGCCGUAAAGGCAGUCAACAAUAUUCUGAGACAGACUUUCCUUUCUGGUGAUAAACAUCAUUGUUAAAAGAACAUUUUUAUCUUUACCUUUAGGUGCUUUCUUUCUCUCUUGUUGUCAGCAUGCAUUUUAUUUUUUCUCCCUGGAAGAUACCUGGUGACUUUUGGCCUCAUACUCACAUUUCUAGGCAACUCAGGCUUUAAAGAAGGUAGUCUUUAUAAAACACACACUUAUGCAUGACUUUGAUUCAUGGUUAAUAAAAGUCUUCUUUGGAUAAGUUAAACAAGUUGGAUAAAGUGCAGAUUGCACAUUUUUGCCUGAACGCAGUCAUCAUUGCACAAUUUUUGUCACUGAUUUUUUUCCUUUACAUUCCUAAAAACCUUAAUUUUAUGGAUGAUUGAGAUAAACUUAGAGUGGACCUUGCCAGUUAUGACCUGUGGCAUUUAGAGUGAAGCCAAGAAGUGUAUGAAAAAUUAGAAAAGGUGUGACAUGAUAUGCUUUUGGCUUAGAUUUCUUUGUUUUCAUGAAAUGUAAAGGUUUGCAAAUCACUUGCGCACCUUAAUAUUUGGAUGAGGUGUCUCUUCCACUGUUUUUGCUAACGCAGGACUUAAAAGAAAUAAUGAACAAUUUUAUACUUAUUGUGGUUUGCAUGAUUGGUUAAUCUUUUCUUGAUUGAUAGAGGGAUAGAUCCUCUAUUUCAUUAUCUUUUAAUCUUUUAAUAUUUAAUUUCAUUUUUCAUCUUUUAUCCAUGUCGUGUGCCAGAACCAGUUAAUGCAUUGUUAGAGUAGUGGGUGAAACAGUGAUAAAAGGGUUAUGCAAUAAAUGUCUCACUUGUUGGUGGAUGCACUGUGAACUCUCAUCAAUAGUUUUAUAACUUGAUAGUUUGCAGGGAGGCUCAAGGGAAAUUCUGGCUUAGACUACAGCGAGUAAAGAAGAAUAUUUUAUCACAGAACUUUUGGAAUGGUCUGGUAAAUCCUUGGUUGGAAAUCCCUUCAAAAACUCAAACUAACCUAGAAGUAACAGAAAAUGAUUACGAUGAUGAAUGGGUGAGGAGUGGAUUUUCUAUUGUAUUACUGUGUCAUAUUCUUGUUUCCAAGAUUUUGUACGUGAUUUAACCUUGUAAGGGAAAGGAUGCACCUUUUUUAACCCAGAAACACGCAUCUAGGUGUAUACGAGAGCUGGGGUGGUUACCAGUCGUUUCGUACUCAGCUAGGUCGAUUCGUAGGCCUUUGUUCGCUCGGACAAAGAGCUUACACUCGAAACGCUAGCUUUGAAAAUCUUUACGGUGGCCAAUUUACAUUAUCAACGCAGUUGAUAAAACCAAAUUAUCUCGACCUUGAACAACGUAUCGGUCCUCAAAUUGCUAGUGACUCAUGACCUGAAAACCUCAAAACCGUAGUUACCAUUCCAGAAAAUUUUCCACUUUCCUACUCCGAGAAAUCCGCUCUCAGUAGGGGCUUAAAUGUUUUCCCAUUUCCAAAAACCCGACGAAUUUUCAGUUAAGCAAGACGUUGAAAAAUUCCUUCGCCGUGUUUAACGGAAGGCCUUUUUCCACGACAAAGAAGAUGAUUCUAACACCUCGAACAAAGAUGCUUUCGAAACACCUCAGAUUCGAAAGUCUAAACGCUCAUGUAAAAUGGUUUUAUGGUCAAUCAGAGCGCGCGUACUAUUUGAAUUAUUUUAUAAACAACAAUCGAACUCUCUUGACACGCUCGCGCUUCCAGCGCUCGAGGUAUUUUGAGAGAAUGUAUAUUGGGACGGGUACGAUUAGACUAGGGGUUUACAUACGAACUGACUCAAAAUGAGUACGAAUUGAUUGACAUUGGGUACGAAACGAGUGGAUACCAAAUUUCUUGGAAUUUUCUUUCAGUCUCACUUCAGAAUAAUUACCGUAACUUACCAAACGUUUCUCGGUCAAUAAAGAUUUUGACUUAAAAUUUGGUUCUUGUGGGUUUCACGGCCUCUUAGGUAAUCGGCUGUGAGUUUUUAUGAAGGAAACACUGCUUGAACCUCGAAUCCCAUAUUUGGGCAAAAAUGCAGCGUUGCUUCUGAUUGUUCGGCUAAUAACCCAACGUGUUUUUAAACAACCUGACGGAAUUUAGACGUUGCAAGGUGAUAUGCUUCUGUUAUAAGUUAUUUUGAUUUUCUCCUCUUUCUUUUCAGUAUGAUGCACAAGAACAGGAGAUAUCUCUCUCCGAGGAUGAGAAUUACGAGCAAGAGGUACAAGACACAACGAAACGAACAAUAUUUUUCAAUGCUGUAUUCAUUUAAAAUCUCAGGCAAUCACUGUUUUAGUUUGAAAAUCGUCAUGUGCUUGUGGGCCUCUUGAGUUUUGUAUACUGCUUCUGAAGCUUGCAUAAUAUUGUAUCUGCGGGAACCUGUGAUAGUUGAAGUCAUUUCAAUUCGUAUCCUUGUAGCGUUUCCUUCAAAGCUGUUUCGGAAGAUCACUGUAACUAUGACUAAGCAGGAACUAAUCAGUAACAUAACCCGAACUUUCCGCUGGACUACCCGAAAAUUAGAUCAAUGUUUAUGGUAAAAUGUAAAACUUGGUCAUCGCCAGUGCCCACCGGAGUCUUGCCCAUCCUAGUUCUUAUCAUGAUGUAUAAUUAAAUCGAAUCGUAAGUGUUCGGUGUGAAAUUAAACGUGAGGAAACCGUUUUGUAUAUUUUAGUAUACAACUUUUGGCUCAUGGCUGUAAGUAAGACGUAAAAAUAUAUGAUUCAUGACUGAUAUUUUUUGGUAAUUCACAGGAUACCCCGUUAACAAGGAGAAGUGCAAGUAAGUUUGUGAUUUAACUUGAAAGAAAUGUAUUCGUCGCCUUUGCCAUCAAUUGAGAAUGAGGAGUGAAGAAUUUUACAUUCUUUCUCUAAUUCUAUUAAUUAUUUUCUCAGAGCGUUUCUCUGGAUUGUCUGUGGUGACCCAUUUCAGCGACUACCGCAGGAAAAAAAAGCGCGUAAAUAGUGGUAAUAUGGAUGUGAAGAUUACUUCUGAUUAUUAUGUUUGUAAACAAACAGUGAAACUUAACCAAACGUCAUUUAUUAAUGAGAUCAAGAACUUGACAGUGUAUUCGUUAACUUCUUCUAAUUGCUGCUGGCUUGAAUAAUAACAAUCACGGAAUGUUUAUUUUGCUUCUUUCGUGUCGCUUUCGCUUUGUUAGAUCGGCAGUUUUCUCGAACGCAUUACUCUUUAUUAGUUGGUGUAAAAAAAGAAUUAAAUUAUUUAUACUAGUACUUCCCGUUUUUAUUAGUUACUGUAAUUUUCCGGUCAUGUUGCUUAUUAUUCUUCUCUCAGUAAACUGUGCUUCAUGCGAUGUUACAUUUUCUUCUCUGUUAAAGAAAAGGGUAAGUAAAGAAAGCUUUUUGGUAGCAAAUUUAUUACAUUGUGUCAGUCAGUGUGCUGUUGAAAUGUACUUUGUACAAUGUGUGACACGCCUGGCUGAACGGCUUGCUCACACUGUACCAUAGUAGCCUGCAUCAGGUAUCAAGUAUAGAAAUCGAGAGCAUAUAAUGUAAUUAUUUUGGAAUAAAUCAAGUAAGUAUUUCAAAACUAAACAAGAAGAUCAGCUCAUGUUUUUUAUACUAUUAAGUUUACUCCCUCACUCUGUUAGGCACUCGCUGUCUAUCACGGAAUCGAUUGCGAGUAGCAAUAGCCAAUCAGAUUAUAGCAUAUUUGAAAGAAAGCUAGUGGAUAUAUGUUUAUAACUCUUAGUUAUCUAUACUUCAAAAUUCAGUGAAUUUUUGUGCUUUCAUGCUUUAUGAUUGCGACAUCUAGUUACUGAUGUGUCUUUUUGUAGCAAUACUGCCGGCAUUGCGGAGAUAGCUUUUGCUCUCGCUGUUGCUGUAAGCGUGUAAAAAGAGCUGUAUUUGGAGCAACUGGUGAGCGAAAAAAAUCUUUCUCGAAAUUACCCUUUGUCGUUCCUCAUGGAGAAAACAGCCAUGAAAUACCAAUGGAAGUCAGAACUUCGUCUCCUCCUCCACUCCCUUCCCCCCUCCUUUCCACACACCUGUCAGUUCUUUAAACUUGUUGUUGUUGUCGUUGAACAAGACUUUUCAUUGUCAAGUUUUUUGUACGUGCAUUUCAACUGUGUAACUGAUGGUCCCAAGUGGCUGAAACAAUAAAUGUAGAAUUGAAGAGGCAUUAAGAGAAUAAAAAAUAAAUUAUAUCUAGGACCCCUGGUUUUGUGCAAACCUGAUGUGUUGCAUAAAGCGGGCCCUGACUUUCGUUUGCCAUCAUUUAUUUUAUUACGCGAAAAUUAGGUUUAUAAUGUUUCCAGGAAUAACAAACUUUGAAGGGAAUAAAAUUACGUAUGUUGUAUGAUGAUAAGAACAGCUUAUUGGUUAACUCAGCUGAUUUGUAUUUUUUCGAUCUUCAUAAAUAGCACCGGCAGCUUAUGAAGAGACAGUACUAGUUUGUAACAGUUGCCAUGGCUACCUCAUGAACAAAGAAGAUGAAAAUAAGGCGGACAUUUGGUGAAGGACAAUGGAUUGUUAGAAAACCUGUUCAGGUGGUCGGUCGAUUGUAAGGGUAUGAAGCUGUUGCGCCUAGUGACUCGAGUAAAGCAGGGAACGGCUGCUUGCUGUUUAAAGCUUUCUGUGUUAACGACGUGGAAGGUUUUGCAAAAACGUAAUACUGGCAAAGGAAGGCCUGGAUGGUAACUCCUGAGGAACACUUGUUGGUUGCACUGCAAAUUUGAUGGAGCCGUGGUUCUCCAUUUGAAAUAAGAUUCUUCAUGAUAAAUUAUGGUAAAAGUGUAUUCUACUGUAUGUUUAAUUCACAUAGCCAAUACCCAUUAAUUAAAUGCCCUCUGAUUGGAGGAGUGAGAAUUCAGAUCUUUGUUUGUUUGUUAUGUUUUAGGAUUCAUUACAUAUUCGGACAAGUGUAGAAACUUUCUUUGUGUGCCGUCCGAUAAAGGAGGAGAAACUUUCACGUCCGAUAUUAAGCAAGUAAAAAGGUGAAGGCUUCUUGUUCAAUUAGGUUUCCUGAAUGGAUAAUGUCGAAAAUGAAACACAAAGUUUGAUCAAACUACUGUAGUAUCUGUAGAACUGUAGCCUUCUGUUGCGGGACACUUCAAUUUUUCACUCAUUUUGACGAGUUUGUCAGAAACCUCUGCAGUUUCUACUGUAGAUCAAUUACCCUUGCUUGUUAUUAAUAUCGAGUUUAAAAUAAUAAAGAAAAGAGACAAAAACUCGUAAAAGCUUCUUGUUCUUCCUGCGCGUAUGAAAGCAAAAUUUAAUGAAAGAUUUGAUGGCAAAGUAGGGGGUAUCUCGCACCAGGAGGUUUUCAACGAAACAUGAUUAGUGGUUUUGUUUCUUUUGUAUUGCCUUGAUUUCUGAAGGUAAACUGAACACUGACGUGGAAUAAAAAGGGAGAACUUUUCCUACAUUGUAUAUCAGAAUAGACUAUUAAUUGAAAGUGAAGACAAGCAUGAUGCAUCAUGACGCCAGUGUAGACGUGUUGCAAGUUUUUUUUGUGUGUGAGAGGGUUUAUCUGAACGCGAACUUUCAUCUUGUAUGUGUUAAGACAAUUUGAAAUUUGUGAACAAGUAACGAAGAAUUAUUACAAUGACUGCAUGUUCCCUUGAAAUAUUUAUUCUCAACUAUUUACACUGUAUUGAGUUGGUUUAACAUGUUAGAGUGAUAAACGCGCUAUAAUUGGAGUUUGCUUUAUUGAGUUGGAACACUGUUUGUGGAUUCCAUAUUUCAGGCAAUUUAUGUCUUCAUGAUUUAAUCUAAAGUUAUGUGAAAGUACGCUAUUUUUAGUGCGUCUGAUGUUCCAAAAUUUUCGUUAAUUUCACGAAAUAUUUGAGUUUAGUGAUCAUAAUGAAAGGUACUUGAUGACGAGAAUGUUUUUUUCGACUCACCAAACACCUCUGAUCUUUUCUUGUCGGUAAAGGUGUUUUGCAAUUUGUUUUUAUUGCUUACAAGCUCCCCACCUCUGAUCGCAGUAACAAGUAAAUUGAUAAUUGCUUGCUUUUGUUAUGCUUGGCCGUGAACAUGGUAUGAUAGCUUUGUUCGUGUUUUUUAUAGAGGCUCCUUUGAGUCCAUGCCAUUCAAUGCAAAACAUUCGCGGCCUUGACUGUGAGGACGUUUGAGCCGUAAUGAUUAGAAUAAAGAGACAAAUUUUGAACAGUGUAAUUGAAGCAUUUAGCAGCAUUAAGUCGAACACAAUGGGACAUUCUUGCAAAAGAAAUGCUUCUCCAGGGCAACCGUCAUCCUGUCUGUUUAUCUUAGGUCAGAGAAGCGCUUCUUGUUUUUCUUCUUUCUAUCCUUUUCACUUACUUCAAAAGCUAUUUAACUCAUGAGAGGUAUGUAGAUAUGGUAUUACAUUUACAGCGCUUUAAGACAAGUGUAUCUCUCGAUUUUGGAAUAAGACUACAUUUUUAAUUUGUUUGCCAAUUACCCAUUCUUUAUGUUCAAUAUUAGGAAUAAUAAAAGAAAUCUCCAAUUCGUUUUGAACAUUUAGCCACCAAAGAGGGAAUUUAUAACAAUGUGAAAAAAAAUUAUUUUUAGGUAAACUAAAAGAAUUAAUAAAGUAUGUUAGUUGCAUGAAUAAGCGGGAUC